AUGGUGUCCAUCAUUCGAAGCGUCCUCCUCGUGGCCUUUGCCGCCUUCGCGCUCGCCGUUCCGCAGCCGAGGCUCGACAGCGAAGCGCUGGAGCACUACGAAAACAUGCAUGGCUUCCUGUCGAACCGCUACCCUGCGGCGGACCAGGGCACAGUUGCUCUUUCCACUCGACGGGAGUACUACUCGCACCUUCUCUCCAGCCACACGAACGGCGAAACGGAGGCAAAGGUCUUUUCGCAGACCAGCCCCAACGGGCCGGUGCACGUCUCGUACGGAGCUCGAUCGCGUACUGCGUACGUGACGACCAAGAUUCCGCACGACAGCAAUCUCGGGAGGACUUGGGGGCUGGGUGUGCCGAGCAUCGCCGACAACGGAGAGCGACGCUAUCGCGACCUGUACGCGUUCUGGAAGGUGGACAAGAGAGGCUCGCCCAAGCUGCUCAGACUCGACACUUGGUUGGCGGGAGGGCUCACGCCUCAGGUCAUGAGUUGGGACGCCGUCAGGCACUUGCUGCGUGGAUGA